UCUCAGCAAAAUGUUGAAUUUAAAGAUUUUCUCGGAGUUUUUCCUAAUUUUGAGUUUUCUCACUGCAAAAGUUGCCUGUAGUUCGUGUAGAAUUAACUACGAUGAAUCACUUGGUUGUAGUUCAUUAGAGGACCUUCUCAACUACCCAAAUCCCGCCAAUCAAACAAUGAUCAGUGUAUUUGGUGUUAAUGACAACGAACUAAAUGUUUUCUCUUGUGACGAAUCAAUUUUUGAGAAUUUCACUUCAGCAGAAGAAUUUUCAUUGCGUAGAGUUAAAAUUCUUCAUGUCUCUGAAGAGUGUUUUAUGGGGUUAAAUGGACUCAAAGUGAUUGAUUUGAGGUACAAUUAUUUAACAAACAUAUACAUGGGGAGCUUUAGACCAUCCGCAGCAAUGAAAGUUAAAACAAUAAACUUAAAGGGCAAUAAAAUCUCUGCAAUAUAUUUUGCAAAUGUUGAAAUGCCUGAAGUUGAAAAUUUAGACGUUUCGGACAAUCGCUUGAAGAGCUUCAGAAUCAACCGAAGAAUUUUUCAUAAAAUUCUCGAAUUAAAUUUGGGAAAAAAUCAAAUUUCUACUUUUAAAAUUGAAAGUGAAACACUGAAAAGUUUGGAUUUAUCAGGCAACAGAAUCAAAUCCUUUGAUGGCUCCAGUUUUGUGCUUCCCAAUUUGGAAGAAAUCACUCUCGAGGGAAAUUUCCUGACCACAAUCACCCCCGAUAUGUUUGCAAAUAUGCCCAAAUUAAUCAAUAUUAGAAUACCUCAUAAUCACCUUGAAAAGGUCUCUCUGCCAGAAUUUAUAAAAAUUAGAGACAUAGAUUUGGGUUACAAUAAAAUAAAGAACAUAAGUGAUGUUAAUAUAGCAGUUGAUCAUCGUAUGGAUGGUUUUCUUAUUCUUCAAUCAAAUAAAUUUUUCGAAUUAGAUCAGACAAAUUUAAAUAUUGAUAAACUCAAUCAUUUUCAUUGCAGUAAAUGUUCAAUUUACAGCAUAGAUAAAUUUUUCUUUGCAAAUACAUUCAGAUCUCUUAGAACGUUAACACUGCAAUUUAAUUACGUAACAACUCUAGACAUCUUUUGAGCUUA